AAUGGGCAACCAGGUGGGGUACACCCUGGACAGAGAGCCAGUCCAUCGCAAGGCAACACAGAGACACACAGCACAAACAACCAUGCACACACUCACACCUAAGGACAGGUUAGACAUACCAAUUAACCUAACAGUCAUGUUUUUGGACUGUGGGAGGAAGCCGGAGUACCCGGAGAGAACCCACGCAUGCACAGGGAGAACAUGCAAACUCCAUGCAGAAAGAUCCCAGGCUGGGAAGUGAACCCAGGACCUUCUUGCUGCAAGGCAACAGCUCUAACCACUGCGUCACUGCACAGUCUGGAGGUAAACGUUAUAUUUUGAAACCCAUUGAAAAACUUUGGCAUCUGAAACAGUAAAUUACAUUUGUGUUGUAAAAGUUGUUGUAAUUACACUAACAUCUGAGAAUGUAAGCCAAUGUUUGCAAUGUUUUUUUACAAACGAGCCUCGCUUAAAGGUGUGGAACACUGAAAAAACAUUUUUGAAAUCUUAUUUCUGAUUAUCACCGGUCACUCGUUUUCAUGCAGGCUGAACAAGAAAAUAGUCUCCUACACCUAUCUCCUGCAUUAGCUUCUGAUAGAAAACAGAUGGUAAAACUAGAUUAGAAAAUCCUGACCGAUCUACAUCACACUGUCACUAACAUUCAUGGACUCACCCAUCUUGACUCACAUCAAGAAAGGCUGUAGUUGGUUCAGCGUCCAGGAAACAGCAGAGAAAAAGUUAGUAGAAGCUAACCGUUAGCAUUAGCGAUUCCACCACACAGCAGAACUCCUCCAGGCUUGUGUUAUUAGUGGAGAUAAAACAUCAACGUUGCAGAGCAAACAGUCAGUGGUAGAGUCAUGUUGCUGUUAGCCAAUCAGAGGAGAGACGUCCAAAUAUCAAGAAAUGAGACUCCAAAACCUGCCGUCUGAAGCUCAGCUGUCAUCUGGCUCCCUGCUAGUUCCUGGAAAUGGUGCAUCAGUGUUUUCUUUCCCAUGAGAACAACUUACAAGGCAUUAAUUCCUACUAAGGAGCACUGCAGAAGUAAUGAUUAAACGAGUGUUCAGCACCUUUGAAAGAAAAACACAAGAUCUAAUUCAGAAAGUUUAGCUUUCUUGGGCUUUAAACAUUUUUUAUCCAUUUCAAAUUAGCACAACUUUACAUUUGUAGCUAAUCUUGUGUUUAUAAAAACCAGGACCGGAGUUAGAUCUAAACUGGGGCAGCAGUAGCUCAGGUGGUAGAGCGGGUUGCCUCAUGAUCGGAGGGUCAUGGGUGCGAUUCCAGCUACCGCCAGGGGUAUCCUGCUGUUGUGUCCUUGGGCAAGACACUUCACCCAACUUGCCUGUGUUAGUGGUGGUCAGAGGGGCCGACGGCACCAAAUGGCAGCCUCGCCUCUGUCAGACCUCCCCAGGGUGGCUGUGGCUACAAGUAGCUUACCACCACUAGCAGUGUGUGAAUGUGAGAGUGUGUGAAAAGCGUCUUUGGGUGUCUAGAAAAGCGCUAUAUAAGUUCAAUGCAUUAUUAUUAUUAUUAUUAUUAAACUCCUCCCUAAAGAUCAGAAGUCUUCAGUGCACAUGCAGGAGCGAACACAACAACUCUGAAACCGUUUCUCUAUUAAAGUGCUAAUCUGCCUCCUCGGUUGCUCACAUAUCUUUUUCAUCUCAGGAGGAGAGAGACUCAUUUUUCUCUAGUAUGCAUCUUUGCUUUUCAGCAUACAAAGUAGUUUACAUUAGGCCUAAAAUCAAUAUGAUCUGUUUCCUGAAUCUGUAUUUAUUCCCCCGGUUUGGAAAGUCUCUCAGCCUUUGUUGUAGGAUGAAGAGGCCGAUGAAGGACGUGCGGGGAAUGUGAGGGCAGUUAAACCUGGAGAUCAAGUUCUCUGCUUGGUGGAAAUUUUAGCUCUUGUUUGGAUGAGAGGAAGUGAGUGAUAGGCAUCGAGGGCCCGGUGAAGAGCGUGGAGGUGGUGACACUAGGGGGCUCGCUGUUCACUUUUGUUUGACUUUCUCCAACAUUUUUUUGGUUUUGGUUAAAGAAGGAUGCUACUGCAGGUGAUAAUGAAUGAAGCUUUAAUGUUGGGAUCAAAAGCACCAGAUUUAUGAGCACACGCACCACUUGAUUUGGAGGAUGCAGAGCCAGGAAACAGGGCUGAGGAAUCAGCUGGGCUUCAGAGCGGAACCUGUUCUUGAGGGAGAAGAGUGUGAGGCAAAGGCAGAAACAACAGAGAUGCAGAGAGCAGAGGGACGGCAUGAGCGUGCAUGCUGAUUGAGAGAGGAGCGUGUGGAGCGCCGGAGCUGCAGAAUCCUGAAUCCAGCAGAUGGAGAACUCCAUGUCCUUGUUUUACGACGAUCUGUGGGAGCAACAUGCAGUUCCGCCGCUGCCUCACACUGCUGCAGUGGAGGAGUAAAUGCGGAGCCCCACACUGCUCCAGGUGAUCCACAGCAGGCAAGCAGACUGCUCCCUCCUCAGCCUUCCCUCUCCUCCUCUUCCUCCUUCUCCUCCUCAAUCUCUUCCUCCUCCUCACCCUCCUCUUCCUCCUCUUCCUCCUCCUCCUCCUCCUAUGUCAGUGCUCCAUUCCUUUAAGGGCUUUGGGAAACAUAAGAAAGGAAGAGAAAAAACAGAGGAGGGAUCCUGCUUUUCCAUUCCGUCCUCAGAUGAGACACACCUCUGCAUGACUGUCAGCCGCUUCCCUCUCAUCGUGUGAAGACGCACCACAUAUGUGCUCCAAUGUCUCUGGAACAUAGACUCGCUGCAAGACCAGAGGUUUCCAUCUUGGUCCCCACCCCGGACGUUAAAUGAAGGCAGACGCCUCCCUCCUGCCAGGAACAUGAAGGGCUUAUCGGGCAGCCGUUCCCAGCACCAGAUUCCUUUACCUCAUGGUUUGGACUACGACCCCCACGUCCAUGAUGUCCACGGCCACCACGGCUCCGAGUCCCGGCACCCGUCAUACCUGCUCAGCCCCACAGAGAGCUGCCCUGUGGACUUGCACCACCGCUACUCGCCUCGCAGCUCCAUCCACUCUGACUGCAUGAUGAUGUCCCCCGUCAUGAUGCCUCCACCCGCUGCAUCGGACCACAUCUCCAGCAGCACCUUCCCCAGGAUGCACUACAGCUCUCAGUAUUAUGACUCAGCCACAAGGGAAGACUGUGCUGCCAUCACAGCGUCUGCCACCUCCCCAGCUGUUGCUGCUGCUGCUGCUGCCGCAGCAGCAGCUUCCUCCCACCACGCCGGCACCAAGAGCAACCGCCUCCCAGCUAAUCUGUUAGACCAGUUUGAGAAACAACUGCCACUUCACCGCGAUGGCUUCCACACGCUACAGUACCAGCGCACCUCCACCACCACCGAGCAGCGCAGCGAGAGUCCAGGCCGCAUCAGACACCUCGUCCAUUCUGUCCAGAAGCUCUUCACCAAGUCCCACUCCUUGGAGGGGUCGUCCAAGAUGAACGGCACAAAAGGUGAUAUUGGAGGAGGUGGAGGAGGAGCGGGGGGUUACUACCAUCAUGGCCACCACUCCAGCAAGCACGGCAGCAAGAGGAGCAAGAGUAAAGAACGGAAGCACCGCUCUGGCGGUUGGUGGAGCUCAGAUGACAACUUGGAUAGCGACAGCACCUACCGCACGCCCAGCGUGAUGUCACGACACCACGGGGAACACGUCACUCACUGCUACCCAGACUCCAUGCACAGCCACAUGUCACUCAAGGCCUCUAAGAGCAACAAUGAUGUCAAAUGUUCUGCUUGUGAGAGCAUGGCCAUGGCGCCGGAGGGCAGGUUCAUGAAGAGGAGCUCGUGGUCAACGCUGACAGUCAGCCAGGCCAAGGAGGCUUACAGGAAGUCAUCGCUGAACUUAGACAAACCCAUGAUGCACACCGACCUCAAAACAUCACGAGCAUGCCACUACCUUCAGGUGCCCCAGGACGAGUGGAGCGGAUACCCCGGAGAUAAGGAUGAGGAGAUCCCAUGUCGCCGCAUGCGGAGCAGCAGCUACGUCAAAGCUAUGGGGGAGUUGGAGGAUGAAAGCGGGGAUUCCGACACCAGCCCGAAAAUCUCUCCUCAGAAGGCCAUUCGACCAGAUGCUCUUGUCCUCAAAUCAGCCAUGCACAGACCCCAUCUAGACUCCCAAAGCCAGGGUUACCACUUGCAAACCCGAGAUUUGCGGCCCCACCCGAGUGUCACGCUGGAUCCUGCCACUACCUUCCACCCCCCUCCUUUUCGCUCUCGCAACCAGAGCUACAUGCGCGCCGUCAGCACCCUCAGUCAGGCUAGCUGCGUCAGCCAGGUGAGUGAGACUGAGAUCAAUGGCCAGUUUGAGUCAGUUUGCGAGUCCGUUUUUAGUGAAGUAGAAUCCCAGGCCAUGGAGGCUUUGGACCUGCCUGGUUCGUUCCGCACUCGAAGCCACAGUUACCUCCGUGCUAUUCAGGCUGGUUAUUCCCAAGAUGACGACUGCUUGCCUUCAAUGACAUCCUCCACUGUCACUUCAACUCUCAGAUCCACAACAGGGAUUCAGUUUCGUCUCCCGACUUCGUGCAGCGUAGACCGCGCUCAGCCCCCUCCAGCGGUAUCAUAUCCUCCGAGUUACAAGAAGACCCCACCUCCUGUGCCCCCGCGCACCACCACCAAGCCUCUUAUCUCUGUGACAGCCCAGAGCAGCACAGAGUCCACCCAGGACGCCUACCACGAAGGCAGGCAUCCACGGGGGGGCCUGUGGACCACAGAUAGCCUCGGCCGCCCCAUCUACAGCUCCAUGGACAGUCUGGACAGCACCAAGGCGGUCACCAUGGCAAUGGAGUCAACUGCAGGCAAGAGGCACGUGUCCUUAGGCAGCCACACCUCGGUUCAAACAUGUGACAAGGCGGUUCUGGUGUCCAAAGCUGAGGAGUACCUCAAAACCCCACGAUCCUCUAUCGGCAUACAGGUGGAAACUGUGACAGACUCCGAAGCAGAAACUAAAGGCCUUCCUCAGUUUCAUUCCAUUGGAAUCCAAGUGGAGGAUAAGAAACGCAGGCACGGGAGGUUCAAGCGCUCGAACAGUGUGACCACUGCUGUGCAAGCAGACCUAGAGCUGGAGGGCUUUCCCUCUAUGGAGGACAAGAGUCUGCAGUUCGGUGGCGCCUUCGGACGCCACUCUGAGCCCAGCACGCCAACGCAGUAUGGAGCCAUCCGGACGGUACGCACGCAAGGCCUGUUCAGCUACCGGGAGGACUACCGGCCUUCCGGUGGGCCUCCCAGCCCGCAACCCGAACCCUGGUUGAUUGAACCAAGCCUAGAGAGCACCGACUCGGGCCGGGUGUCCCCCCUUCGGCGGGACGGCGGCUGGUUCAUGCAGCUUCUUCACAACGAAACAAAACGGCUGGAGGGAUGGUGCAAAGAGAUGGAGAGAGAGGCAGAGGAGCAUGACCUGUCCGAGGAGAUUCUAGGGAAAAUCCGGAGUGCGGUUGGAAGUGCCCAGCUGCUAAUGUCCCAGAAGUUUCAGCAGUUUUACUGGCUGUGCCAACAGAAUCUGGACCCCGGUGCCAUGCCGAGACCCACUUCUCAGGACCUGGCUGGAUUUUGGGACCUUCUGCAGCUUACCAUCGAUGACGUCACUGCCAAGUUUGAUGAGCUGCAGCAGAUCAGGAGCAACCACUGGCAGCUGGUGGAGAGCCCAGAGAAGAAGGAGCAGAAAUGGCCGCCUUCUUUGUCAAAGAGACCAGCCAGGGGGCGUGGCGGCAUAACGCGGGAGCGCUCGCUGGACCUGCAGGAUCGCCAGCGCCAGGAAGCCCGCAGACGCCUCAUGGCUGCCAAGCGAGCGGCUUCUUUCAGACAGAACUCCGCCACAGAGAGGGCAGACAGCAUCGAGAUCUACAUCCCCGAAGCUCAGACUCGACUUUGAGGUUUACAUCAUCACUCUUAGCUUCUCCCGACCACCAUCAUCCGAGAGCGGCUCCAUCAACAAACGUCCCUGCUGGUCCACUCCUUUGUGUUCUCCGGGCUGCCCCUGUUGAAGCUACACUUGGCAGCGAUGCCACCAAUGAGUUUUUCAACCAAGAAUAAUGAAACUCUUCAACUGUGAAGUCAUGCGGGUUUUAAAUUGGACCACCAAAAGUCCAACUCGCCCACAUUUGCUUUGUGUAGCUUUAACACCAAAAGGAGCUGAGAAUUAGCUAACUUACUCCCAAUAUUUUGGUUUCAUUUGAUCAGCUGUGAGAUUUAAGAGCCAUUCGUUUGCGUUCAGUCAUCUGAACUGUUGCUAUCAUGCAACUGUGCACGAGGAGAAGAACGUUUCACCUGCUGGCAAGCGCGGUUUGUGGCUGCAGCAUCCUGUCUGCAGAUCCUGUCUCACUAAAAGGAUUAAAUACAGUUUGAAUGCUUUUAUUUAUUUAUUUAUUUGAGUGAUGCACUAAAAUCUUUAGGCUCCUCCAUUUUUAACCAGGCAUGCUCCGGCCAUUAACCGCUGCUGCUGCCGGCUGAGUCACUUUCACAUGAAGUCAUUCUUCAUUCCUGCAAAAACCAUUCAGUCGUAGGAAUUUUAGACCUUUUAACAUAUGUAAAAUAUUAGCUGCUGGAUGCAUUUCCACUGCAGAACAAAUAUGAAUUAUUAACAGAAGAAGGAUUUGUACAGCCCAGGAAAGGUGGCUGUGUCAAACAAUGCAUUUUUGCACCUUAUAAUAUUCAUGUUUGUAUUUCCAAGGGAAAUGUAGUUAAUGAAGCUCAUGUGAUAUUGUUGCAGUUGAAUUGCAAGAUCAGAUAUGGAGAUUUACUACAGAAUUUCAUAUUAAUUUCUAUGGAAAUCGCACCUUGUUUCUGUUUUUUCCCUGAUGGCAUUAAUGUCAAAUCCUAAGUAAAACUUUGUAAUUCUAACCCUUUUAUUCCAUUUAUAGUGUUUAUCGUACGACCAAUAUUAAGCUCUAUAGUAAACAUUUAGUAUUUCUACUUAAAACGGAGCGCGUCUGUUCUGGUUGUUAAACUUUCUUAGCUGAGAUUUUACAUCACUCUGCAUCUGAUCUGUUGUUUUUCAAUCUGCUCGUGUAGGAAAGACAGGUGCAAACGACACUUUAACAACCUUCAGUUACUAUAGUAAAUGGUGCUGCUUUAUACUCAAACUGUUGUCCGUUACACACACACACACACACACACACACACACACACACACACACACACACACACACACACACACACACACACACACACACACACACAAGGACUUUUUAAACAGAUUUACAAACAUGGUGCCCGCCGUCUCCCAGAUGAUUUGUGGCUUCAGAGGGGAUCAUCAUUGCAACGCCCCUAGUGAUUUAAAUUAGGACGAUGUGUGUUGGUCAGUAGGAGGGAUUUAGACAUGGCCGCCCUAAGGGGGGAACACUGGAAGUACAUUGCAGUACCUGUUCUUGUUUUAUAAUCCUUAACACUUCCCAUCCAUCUUUCAGCUUCCUCAUCUGCCAAACCGACCCCAGGUAAUUACCGCCAAUCUGGAUUAAUGCUUGUGUUUUAAUCUGAUGAGUUGAGGAUGGGAUUUUAUCCUGCUGGCAGACAGAAAAAUGGACCAAUAUGAUGAGAAAAGCUAAAUCAGAGACCCUUACCUUACCAGAUGGCCUUAAAACUGUUGAAUGUAGAGAUUCCAAUUAUGAUGCAAAAAUAAAAUUAAAACAACUAAAAUCCAAGUUCAAAUUUAAUGCAGGUCAAUACUUAAAGUUGGUGGCCAAUAAAUAUCUAUAAUGAAUACAAGUAAGUGAAGGUUUCUGUAUUUCUGGAAUUACAACUGUUGUAAAUAACCGUGCUGCAGCCUGCUGUAGCUAGCGCUAACAACGAGCUAACGCUAACAUGAGCCAAAUAAUACUGAAAUAAACCGCGAAGUAAAAAGAUCCACACUGAUGGACAAAAAUAGUAUUACAAGUCCAGGAGCAACAAAACCAGGUCACCAUCAGUCCAUGCUUUGUAGACUGCUUUAGCUCCCUCAAACUAGCACAGGCCGCGCCGGUGCUUACUCUGGUUUUAGCUCUUUGCUUCACCUCCAGAGACAUUAAUAAUAAUAAUACAUUUUAUUUAAUAGCACCUUUCAGGACACCCAAGGACACUACAACAAUGGGGAAAAAUAAUAAAACAAGAUUAACAGUACAGAAAUAUGUAAAAACACUAGGAUGCUAAAAUUUUAAAACAAUGUAGCAAAACUAUGUGGUAAAAGCCUGUAUGAAGAGACAUUACUCUCUUACUUUACUUCCAGGCUCCGCCAUGAUGCCAACAGAAAAAGCAACCUUUUUCUUUUUCUUCUUCUUGUGCUUUUUAUUUACUAUAGGGAGCCUAAGUCUCCUCCCUUUCCGGUCGGCUCAUGGCUCCCCGGAAGAACAAAAAAAUGAAUGCAAGUCAACGGGGCUAAAAGAGCUGUUUUCUAAUGGGCUUUGCCUUACACCCUGGAUCGCACAUAUGUUGUACUGCAAUUUAAAUGAAAACUAAUGAUUCGACCAUGCCUGUUACGUAUUUUAAGAUUUAACAGCUUGUAAAAGUUCGUAAUUAGCAUGAUUACACACCAGAAAUCAGCACGUCGCAUAUGUGACGUCACCACAGAAUCUCCUCUCUCCUAGCGUAGCUGCUACUUACCACAUGACCAGAUUUAUGAUGGUUCUUUCCUCCUGUGGGAAGCUUGCUGAGCUCACAGCCAUUUUCCCUCAGUUUUCUCCGUGUCUGGUUCAAUGACGUCACUUUUGUGAAGCACAUUUGUAGUCCUGGACUUAUUUUCACAAAACCUAAAAUAUCGUUCCCCCCGUUCAAAAAUAAGCGCAUUCUUGGUUUCAAAAUGUAUCUUUAAAAUUUGUGGACAUCAUAUGUGAAAUCCAUGGAACAUAACAAGCGGAAUUAGAAAAUAGUGUUUUUAGCACCGUUGACUUGCAUUAAUUUUUUCGUUCUUCCGGAGACCCGUGGUCUGGAAGUAGAUGCUCAUGACUGUGGGUGUUUCUCAAUGCCAAGGAACCUCACCUUGAUGUCUUGGCCCCGCCGCGGUUGCCUAGGAGAUACAUCAUCGGGAGCCGCCAAGAAUUGUUCCAAUGUUCAUGUUUUACCGAGUCAUGUGUUCCCAAUUUGUUAGCUGCUUAGCUAGCUGAGCAAGGAUACACGGGUGACGUCUUUUAGCCUAGCCUUGGUCAACCGUUUCCCAGAAUACACAGCGGUAUUUUCAAAAGGAUGGCGAAUCAGAAGCCAGCAGCUACUUCAGGGGCAAAUUUCAAGUUUAAAUGUAAGUCAGCUAAUUUUAAAUGGUUUUUUUUUUUAGAUUCAAAGAAGUUAUCUAUGGUUGAUUAGUUGCUUAUUAGUUACAGUUUCAGUGGCUAGCGGGUAGUAACUCGCUUAUAUUUUUAAUUUAACAAAUAUAUACAAAAUUUAAAAAGUAAAAGGCUCGUUAUAUAUAUAUAUAUAUAUUGAAACUAAUAUAUAUAAAAUAUAAUGUUAUCUCGCGUGGAAGCCGCGGUCAUGUGAUGCAAGUCUGUUCCAUUUAACCGUUUUCUCUGACCAAGGAAGGGCAGCAUCCUCGUAAGCAAGGCGCCUGGCCUCGCAAGACAUUGCCUCGCAAGACCAGGCGCCUUGACAUCGAGAAACACCCUUACGCCCCCUAUUGGCUAACUGAAAAUGCUAACUGCUAGGAGUUACAGCUAACAGCGAGCGCCCCCUUACCUGCUCCACAAAACUACAUAGUGUGGUUUUUUGCCAGCAGAGGGCAGCAGAGUGGUGUCAAUUGUGAUACUGGUCAAGUUUCUAACUCAACAAUCACUGAGAUCAAUGUUAAAGCUCUAGCUUAAAUUUGAAAAAACUAUCUUGGUGUUCAGGUAUUAAAUAAAAUGGGGAUUUAAAUAUGGAAUUUGCAGAUGCUCACACCUUUAUUAUUCCCUUAUAUGAAGUUUUAAUUUAAAGAUUCCGUUAAAAUUAAAGCUCAGGGUCACUUUAAGACCACCUUCAAUAAAUACAUGUAUACUCUAAAAUUUAUUUUUGUGAACAGCUAAAAUAAAAGAAGACAGAUGUAUAGAUAUAUAUAUAUAUAUUUAUUUAUUUUGCACCCUUUUAUGUGUUUUCUUCUAAUUCCUAUCAAAUCAUUUAUCUAAUUAUAUACAUCUAAAGGUCGUCUGCCCACUACAAACUAAAGGACUAUAAAGAUAUUACUAGAUAAGAGGGCUCAUUGUUAAAAUAGAUGAUUAUUUUAUUAAUCAAACUGUAAUAUAUGGAGAAUUGUAUUGAUUCCAUUUAUUUCUUGUCUGUAUACAGGAAAUUUGUGUUACAGAUGAUGAAGGCUUCAGGUUUGCAGGAUAAUGAUGACACACACACCUCUCUGUCCUCAGGUGAAGGAGGUGGAGAAAUCCUCCAGACUAGCAUGUUUGAUGCCGUUUUUCCACCCGAGCUGGGUGUGUGUGUUUGUUGGCGUCUCGGGGAUGGUGUGGGGGUGUUGUGCUACAGCCGUCAGUGUCAGAUACAGCAGACUCUUGUCCUGCCACUUCUUUUUUGGUGCUUUUCUAACAGGAAGUGUGGAUGGCGUGAGAGUCUGAUAGGUGGAUGAACUGAGAAACUGUUUUUUACUUGUUAUUUUGAAAUUCGAUCUGCCACUCUCUCAUGCAAGCUGAACGUAAAAAUGUUCCCCUCCUCCUGCAUUAGCCGCCGAUAGAAAAUAGACAGAAACUUGUCAAUUAAACGUCACACUGUCACUUAACAUUCAUGGACUCGGCCAUCUUGACUCACGACGGAGAGGGCUGUUGUUGAUUUAGCAACCAGGAAACUAAAAAGAACGUCUCGGCUAGUAGGGGCUAACCGUUAGCAUUAGCAACCCCACCACACAGCAGAACUCCUCCAAGCUUGUGUUAUUUGUGGAGAUAAAACCUCAACGUUGCAGAGCAGAGUCAGUGGUACAGAGUCGUGUUAACCAAUCAGAGGAGAGAUGUCCGAAUAUCAGGAAAUGAGAUAAAAACCUGUCUUCUUCAGCUCACAUCUCCUCUGGCUCAUUUCUACCUCCUGAAACAGGAGCGCCUGAGCUUUUUUCCCCACAGAGAUUGGCUCACAAGGCAUUCAUUAGACCACUGCAGAUGUGUUCAAUCCGAGUGAACUUGGUCCUUACAGUGUCAUCUCAUCUCUGUGGUGGUGUUUCUGAAGUAUAAAAUAAAACUUGAUGAAUCUUUUGACACAAUUUUCAGUUUGAAGCUUCUGAAGGAGCUUAGUUAACACGGUGGUUUCCCAAAGCGAGAGGCUUUUACAUAAACAUCCUGAGUAUUGUGCUUUGUUCAGCCGUCUUUUAACAUCCUUGUGUGUCACUCUGAUAUGAAACAUCCUCAUUUAUUCUACUGUUGCCUCUGCUGAGCGGGGCUGGGGGGACAAAAAGAAGCUUCUAGUGAACGACGGGCUACUUUAACAAUCUAACUGCUCUUCCACCUGACUGGAUUCACAGUCAGAUCAAGUCUACUUCCCACAGACAGCAAACUGUGAUCCUCUCAUGUCUAUUGUUCCUGAUGAUGAUGAUGAUCUGGCUGAGUUGAGCUUUUUGUAGCUUUAAGUUGAACAACUUUGGUCAGACACCAAUCAGAGACGCUAAAUGAUUUUUCUGCUUUAACAGAUUUAAACAAGUUCAGGAGGAUCUUGUGGCUCGAAUGGAGAAAAAAGUGUCGCUUUGGGCUUUUUUCUCAUCACGGCAGAAAUGUGACACAAAAGGUUGCAGUGACAAACGUGCUACGAUGACCUUGUACAGUAAUAAAAGUAGACACACAGUCAGCAUUGUGUUUUUGUGGUUUUCAUACAGGGAAGUUCUAGUGUUGCAUCGAUGAAUCUGUAUUUCCUACGCAUCUCUCAUUUCCCAUCAUCCCUACGAGGGGCUUCGGAGUUUGGCAACUAUGUACAUGACAAAUCCUCAGGUGCCUUACAGUCUGAUCCUCUUAGUGAAUGCUUUAGUUUGAGGUAUGCGAAAGGACUGCAACACUUUUUAGAGUUUGUACCUUCACAAAGGGCUGGAAACAAAACGCUGGGUCGGACUGCAGAGUGUAUAUUUAAUCGAGUCAAAUAUGUCCUACUGUAAUAAGCUUCAGCACAAUACAGUUUAGAGGUUGUCAAAGGAAUUUUUUUUUUCUUCUUUUACAACAAAUUUGGUUCUGGAUAAAGCUCUGUUCCAUCAAAGGUCAUUUUCUUCCCUCUAAAAGCUGUCAUGCUGUAAUUUUGACAAAACUUGACUCGCCAAAAAGUGCAGUAGUGUUAUGUUACAGUGGGAGGCAGGCUGACUGACAGCUAGUUAUCUCAGUGUUUGGUGUUUCCGCUAACGUAGUCCAGCUUGGCAGGAAAACUUAGCUGCACUCCUGUACUAUGCAUCAGUACUCCUGCAGGCUCUGUGGUGCAUAUCGUCUUACACUCCAUAGAGCUCCUGUUGCGUGACACACAAGUGCAGACUUUCACCACUGUCCAAAUCCAAGUUAAUUUGGUCACCUUACUGAUUUACAACCAACUAGUUCCCGAGCGCAGCCUCCGCUGCAGCUCAGCGCUCCCCAUGGGGAUGAGUCAAAUGCGGAGAUGAGUUUCACCAGAGUGACGAUGACUUUAAAUGACACAAAGAGCAUGAAUGCUUCUCCCACCCUCUACUGGCUUCUUUUCUAGACUGAAAUCCUCGUGGCUCCACAAUGACCUGGAGUUAAACCUCACAAAUGUACAGGUGCUGAAUCAACUGUUUUCUCUUUCACUCAGUUUUUCUUUUUCUUGUUGAUUCCGACAAUCAGUCCACACCAAAAGCAUCAAAUGCACACAAACAGUUCAACAGCUUUGUCAUAAUGUGUUCUCGAGUACGCUGCUUGAGUUUCCCCCUCCUGAUUUCAUGUUUAUUGUGAUUUUUCUCGUUUACUGUACAGUCGCACUGUAACAACGUCCGUUUGUUCGCUUUAUCAUAUCAUAAAUCAUAUCGACAAACCUGCAGAACAAAACACUUACUGUUGCGCUUUCAUGACCUUUGUCUCUGGGCUAUGUGAGAGUAUGCUGCUCUUCAAGCAAUAAGACUAACAAUCAUCCACAUGACUGUGUUUUCAUGCUUUUCAGCUUUUUGAGAUCCAAGAACUGUUUGAACGACUUCUUCACUUGUUAAAAUUAGUUUCAUGACAGAUGGGGGGGGGGGGGGGUGCACACCCUUUAUUUGCGUAAUUAGAAAUUAGAAGAUUGUUAAAGUCCAGUUUAGCUUAGCUUAGCUACCUUAGCAUGAGUUCUGCAAAGUGUAAAGAAAAAGGGUAGUAUCACAGCUGCUAUUAUUUCAUGUAACUUAUGAUUUAAUUGUUUAUAUUGUGGAUUUAUUUCUUUUUAGCGAAACCCCAUCACCUUCCCUUUAAAGUGGAUCUUUUUCUAUUUAAUCUCAUGAAAACUCAAAGGGGAAAAGCUACUUAACAGUUAGCUACUUAGUAAAACAGACCUGCACAAAACCAAAAUGUGUAACUUUCACCUUCUAUUUGGAAUUAAAUAAUAAACAAGUAUUAAAUAUACUUUAAUAUCUUGUUAUGAUUUCACAACGCUAGCCUUUUCCCCUUCUACAAGUGUAGAUGCUAAACUGCUACGCUAAGCUAAGCUAAGCUAGCUCUUAACCAUCCACAUCUGAUAUGUUAUGAAUGACAUUGUUUUGUUAUUUUAAUUCAGCAUUAACAUUUUCUUGCUAUCUUUUGUUCUUGCCUACCUUCUUGUCCCCCAUAGUCGUGCCCAUCUUUGUAGGGGGCCCUGAGGAAAUGUGACACUUUAGCGCCGGCUUUCAUUGAUAGUCAUUUUGGAAUUUUUCACGAUUCUGCCUGAAAUUGCACAUGGUCUGCAUUUGUUUUGUUGUGUACAUUUUUGCAAAACUGUUGAGAAGAUGUUAUUUUUCAGUGUUUUAUGAAGAGAGAGAUAAUUGAAAAUGUAUCAUGGCUAAAGGUGGAAAAACAUAUUAGGCAAUGGGUUAUGGAAGUGUCAUAACAAACAUCAGAUAGCUUAUAAAACGUUGUGGUUAGCUUAAGAUUAUUUUGAAUUUACUAAAUAUAUCAAUAAUGAGGACAACAAUGCCAAAUAUAAAGUAUUUGUACAGAAAUACACAUAUAAAUAUAUGAUAUAUGCCUAAUAUCACCCUAUUUUCUGCUCUUGACCACGUUUCCGUUAUUUAAUGUUAUUUUGUCCAAAUGAUUUUAAGCAUGCAGGGUAGUGAAAAUGAUUGUAUUAAUUAGUGUUUCAUUGCUGGUCAGUAUAAACAGCAGUCCACAGAUGUGUUUGUGUUUGGGAGACAACUUUAGGCAGAUUUUUUUCUUUCUUGAUUUGUUAAUCUAUAAAUUAAUUGUAAAGUUUCUUUUUUGGAAAAAAUGCUAGUUUUUGGAAAACAUUUGAACAGUUUUUAUCUUUUUCUUAAAAUUUCCUCUUGCUUUAUGAAUGUGGCUUAUAAUAGUUUGCCUCUUCUAAGUACUGCUACCAACCAUCCAUUGUAAAUACUUAUGCAAAUUAAACUUUUUGAAGAAA